UCGAAUCGCCCGAAGCGAACGAAGAACUCGUCGUCGUCGCCGCCACGUGGAUUGCUGGUGGAACAAGAGCUCCGACAAGUGUAUAAUCCAGUGUCGAGUGUAUUGUAGGUGUUUCAGCUUCAAGACAAAAGGUGCGUCACGUGCGUGAAGGUGUUGGCGUUUGUUUAGCAGCGGGUGAUUUAGCCCCUUGGCGCGUGUGAGUGUGAGGAUUAUACAUGUUAUAAAACACUCCGUUGCGGCGUGACGAUAGUUUUGGUUUGAACGGUAUUGAAUGAAGUGUUAAAUAAGGUGUGUGUGUGUGUGCGUGUGUGACAUGGUAUUCGGAACGGUUGAACGUGUUUGAGCCUGUGGUGUGCUGGAGCGAUUCGUCCCUUAAAGGCGCAUGACAAGCUCGAGGGAUGAGGUGACUUGCUAAGCAUUUAAGCACCGACUGGGUAGAGCAUGAUUGUGAACAGGCAGCUGAAGCUUUUAUAAGCUACAACAUGCUUCUUCACAUCGCAACGCAGUGAAUAGAAGCCGUGCCAUCAGCGGAGCGAACCAAGAGAACAAGAACGAGGAAUAGAGAUAGAAUAGAACGGAACCAGAUAGCAAUGUUGCACCAUUGAAAUCCAUCCACACCGUUGACAGGAUCAUUAGUGACGUUUAGAAGCCGUACCCCUGUAGGGGGGGGGGAGAAGAUAGCAACAUGAUCACCGUGAAAGGCCUGCCUCAACAGACGGUCCCGUACGGGUCGCUACAAACGUCGCUCCAGCAGUGCGUGUGUGAAAGGUGUACGUGUGUGUGUGUGUGCUACUGUGGUGGUGUGCCUACGACGACACGCAAGCCAAUGUGUUAAAAGUUAAUUGAAAUCGGACUGUAUAGAAGAAAGCAGAAACAAAGCGAAAGCCAGCGCCUUUCACAGCAAUUCACACUUCGGUACAAUUAGUGUACAGAACGAAAGGAACUGUUAGGACACACUUGCAGCAACAGCACACCGUUGCACAUGUAGGUAAAGCCUGGCAAAGCAAGCCGUUUUUGCAAGCACCUCAAACAAGUGCUCGUCUUCACGGGUGUAGGUGUGAUGUGACAAGAGCAAUGCAAAACUAGUCAACACAGCUUUCACAGCAUUCACACUUUCUGGAAAAUUUCCCACGCAUUAAAAGUUGUUUCCUCCCAGUGACAAACCGUGGCAAAUCUGUGUGAAAACGGAAGUGGAAAUGUGGUGCAUGGUGCAUAAAAGCUGCACAUUGCACACCAUUUGCACACGGUACUGGAAAGUGUGUGUGGAUGAAUCGGUUGGUGACGGUAAUGAAUGAUGAUGAUGAUGGUAAUGAUGAAGUGUUGCAAGUGAUAUGUCACCGUGCGAGUUAAUGGGUGGUCUACAACAGGUUGGCCUAGUUUUACGUCUCCCGUUUUGUAGUGGAUGUGUAAAGUAAGCAAAAAAAAAAGUUUCUGAAAGUGUAUUUAAAGAAAAAAAAACGAUCAAAAAGUGAAAUACUCCUUUUAAAGAGUUUAAGAACGCAAACAAUAACUACUAAUAAUAAUAAUAAUAACAGUGACACAUACCCGUUCGAGCUUCAAACUUCAAAACCUUCAAGCACUGUCUUUUAUCAGUCUUCAAAAAUCGUAACCGAAUCCGAAACGCAACGUCCACACGUCCUCCCUUGCUCGUAACGAAACGCACGUGCCAUGGCUUGGAUUUACACCGGUACCGAUCUAAGCUAUCUCUGUUGCUGCAAUCAAAGGCAUCUUCUAGCUGUGAUAUUCAUCUUUACCAUCGUCAUGGGCGCACCACACUCGGAUUUCACCUCUUCACAACGCCAAACGGUACAAGAUACCGACAGCGACGACCAUCCACCACGUCCACAUCAUCAUCACGCACAUCACCAUCCACAUCAGCAUCGGCAGCAGCAGCAGCAGCAGCACCACCACCACCAUCAACAGCCAGCCGCAUCGGACGCUCCCUCGGUGUCGCCAUUUCCGGCAGCGAUGUAUUUCGCCACCCAAAACAACACAAAAGUCACCGCACAACGGGGCGGCACGGCCCUGCUACCGUGCACCGUCAUCAGCCAAUCUUCCGCCCUGGUAUCGUGGAUCCGGCGGCAGGACUUCCAGCUGCUCACGGUCGGGCUCGCCACGUACAGCAGCGACGAACGGUUUCUGGUCGAGCAUUUGCGCCACUUGGGCCACUGGGCACUGCGGAUCAAGUCGGUGCGCACCGAGGACGAGGGCCUGUACGAGUGCCAGCUGUCCGUUCAUCCCGUUCAGUCGGUAUUUGUCGAGCUUAAAGUCGUAGAAGCGGUAGCAGCGAUAGUCGGCGCACCCGAUCUACACAUUGACGAAGGAUCCACCCUGCGGCUGGAGUGCAAAUUACAGAGCGCUACCGAGAAUCCCACGUUCGUGUUCUGGUACCACGAGCAGAAUAUGGUCAACUUUGAUCAGCUGAACGGAUUUUCCGUCACACCGUUCCAACCGCCGGCCACCGCCAGCCAUCCAUCCCAUCUUCACCCUUACCUGCUGCCGCACCCGCUCGAGGACGACCUGCACGAGCUGCCCGAGCUUUCGUCCGAGGAGCAAGGCUACAAUCUGCUGGACGACGACCGGUUGCUGCAGCGCUCGCUACAGCUUGGGCAGGAUUCGGCCGAACCCUUCCUAACGCCCUCGUCCUCCUCCUCGCUGCUGCUGGCGUCCUUGGCUGCAGCGGCCCUAUCCUCCUCGCCCUACCAGCUGCAGCAACAUUUGGAUCGAACGGAUCUAUCGCUCGAGCGCGGGUACGCAGCACCGUCGUCCGACCCGUCACUGGAUCGACCGCAGAAUCAUCCGCAUCUGCAUCACCAGCACCACCAUUACCACCACCACCAGCAGCAUCUACUCGCGAUGAAUUACAGCGGACCGGCGAUGCUGUACUCGCACAUCCUGACACCUGCACCGAGCGUGCUAACGAUCAAGGAGGUCCACUUAAGGCACGCCGGUAAUUACACGUGCGCUCCGUCGAAUGCACGCCCGGCCAGCAUCACCGUGCACGUGCUGCAAGGUGAGAAGCCGGCAGCGAUGCAGCACGCCAACCGCAGCCAGCUGGACGACGGCAGUAAACCAUCGUCCCGUAGCGGAAGUCACCAACAGCGACCUACUGCGGCCCACUGCGGCUUGAUGGUUCCGGCACUGCUACUGCUGCUGUUUGCGAUGAAGCUGGUGAUGCCGUACGAUGGUUGUUCGUUCGCACACCGUCGGUGAAACGAAAUGUCGCUAAUAAGUGGUGCAUCAUGCUAGGGGAGAUGAAUGGGGAUGGGAUGUGGAUGAAUGGGUUGCAAGAGAAAAUGUGAGCAAAUGUUUUAUAUGAAAAAAAUUAAAUUGCAAAAACUGCGUACACAGCAUACGUUGGACACAGAGCGAUCGCUUCAAAGUGCAGUGUGUGGCAAUGGAAAUGGAAAGCUGUAUUAUAGUUCAAAAGGGAAGAGCUAUCCGCACACCAUGUGGGCCACGUGUGGAGGAAACAUAGACAUAGAAAUCUAACAGUAUUUUUAUUCCACCUUGCAUGUUACAGCGCGUAGUGUUCUGGUGUUUCAGUUUUGCGCCACACAGACUCUCACUCACACAUAGUUCUGAAGGAAAGAAGGAUGUUUUUUUUUCUUCUUAUGUGGAAAACAUCGUACGUCCGAGUUGAAGAAUAAAUGAACAAAAAAAAAGAAAAAUUCGACGCAACAUUCGUUUUCUUUCCUGCGUGUUUUGAGCGCAGCUGAAUAAAAAGGACACAGAAAAAUACGAAUAAUUAACAACAACAAAAAACGCAUGCAAAAAGAUAUAAUAAGAAUCUGAUUAGAUAGAUAAAAUGUUAAACGGUGAAGGGAAAAUGGAUUUAAAUGUUCUGGAGAAGUGUAUAGAAAGAGAGAGAGAGAGCAGCUAGAAGCUCACACGCACGGGUGUAUAAGGUAACAGAAUUAUCUGAUUGAGAGGGAGCAGAUACGUACGUAAAAUGGGAUGAAGUGGGUGGUAUAGUGUUUGGGGCAUAUGAGAGGGCUAGAAACGGGGAUGAAAAAAGUAUUAUUCAUAUACAGGAAGUAUUCAGAACUCAAUAAACGGAAAAACGAAAAUACUCUCAACAACAAA